GAAAGAAAGAAAGAAAGAAAGAAAGAAAGAAAGAAAGAAAGAAAGAAAGAAAGAAAAUGGUCAUUCAGACUCUUGAAGGAGCCCACUUCUUAGGCUGGGCCAAAGCAGCCAGCUAGCAUUGCCCAGGCCUGAGGCCACCUGAGUGAGCAGAAUUCCGGGGGGGGGGGCUUCCCCUGAGUUUCCUUUUUGUCUUUUGGCCCAGCCCAAGAUUGCCCCCUUCCACGAUUGCCUGUCCCAUCCACAACUGAUCUAGAAGAAGUCUGGUGGCCACAGAGCACUUUCUCCCUGCGGUCACCCAGGUGAAACGGACCAAGUCGUCUCCCCAUCAGGGUUAGUCCUGAAGAAGCUCUUGAGGAGGGAGGGGCAGCCAGUGGGGAGGGCUAUCCCCCCAUAGGAAGCGGAUGCCCUCUUGAAACCCUUCCUGUGGGACCGUGCAAGCAGCCUCUAACUGGCACUGGGGAGUCUUCUGUCCUUGGGGGGGGGGAACCCACAAGCGGACAUGUUGUUGAAAACAGCCAAUUUCUCCAUCACCUGGGGCAGAGGGAGCUGGGCUUCUCUUGCCAAUUUCGGUCUGAAGGAAGAUGAGACAGGUGUGUCCUUGAAGUCCCCAUGAAAGCUGGAUAAAUCAUCUUCUUCCUUGUAUGCCUUUCUCCGCACCUGAAGAAGCUCCUCAACUCCAUUCGACAGCUGCCUUCAUCUCUGUCUGCUGCAGAGGAUUGGAGCCCUGACUUGGGUGCGAUGAGUCAACAUGCUUCUGGACCCCCAACAGCCCAGCAACCAGAGCAGCCUCCCUCCUGCUUCCUUCAUCCUGGUUGGCAUCCCUGGCCUGGAGGAAUACCACAGCUGGAUGGCCGUGGCCUUCUGCCUGAUGUACCUCUUCGCCCUUCUGGGAAACCUCUCCCUGCUCUGCCUCAUCCGGAUGGAGCGCAGCCUCCACCAGCCCAUGUACCUCUUCCUGGCCAUGCUGGCUGUGGCAGACGUGAUCUUGUCGUCCUCCACCGUGCCCAAGACCCUGAGCGUCCUCUGGUCCUACUCCAAGGAGAUCUCUUUUGACGGCUGCCUCGCCCAGAUGUUCUUCACCCACAUCAGCUUCAUUGCAGAGUCCACCAUCCUGCUGGCCAUGGCUUUCGACCGCUAUGUCGCCAUCUGCUGGCCGCUGCAAUACACCUCCAUUCUGUCCCCCUCCGUGGUGGCCAAGACCGGCUUGGUGGCUCUGGCCAGGAGCUUCUGCGUGAUGUUCCCCACCAUCUUCCUCCUCAAGAGGCUGCCUUACUGCGGGAAGAGGGUGAUGCCCCACUCCUACUGUGAGCACAUGGGCAUCGCCCGCAUGGCCUGCGCCAAUAUCGCUGUCAACAUUUGGUACGGCUUUGUGACCACCCUUCUCUCGCCAGGCCUGGACGUGCUCCUCAUCGCCACUUCUUACCUCCUGAUCCUCAGGGCCGUCUUCAGGUUCCCUUCCCAGGACACCCGCCUCAAGGCGCUGGGCACCUGUGGCUCCCACCUCUGCGUCAUCCUCAUGUUCUACACCCCGGCCUUCUUCUCGUUCUUCGCCCACCGCUUCGGCCACGGCAUCCCCCAGUCUGUCCUCAUCCUCCUGGCCAACCUCUACCAGCUGCUGCCCCCAAUGCUCAACCCUGUCAUCUAUGCCGUAAAGACUCAGCUGAUCUGGAAAAGGCUCAGCAAGGCCUGCCGCCAAUGAGGCAGAGCUGCUCAGUGGGUAGAGUCCCCACUGCCUUACAGACAAGGUGGGCAUGGAAAGGCCGACCCCACCGGCUCUCGCUUCCAUUUCUCAAAUGGCGUUUUGGACGUGAGAAAACGGUUGGAGCCCCCCCCCCACUCCGUCUGAUCCAAAGUGUCUUUAUUGCCCUCUUCCUUAAAACUUGUCUUGCUCUGAGUUAAGAGAUAAUAAACAGUGAGCUGCUUUGGGCUGUUGGUUUGAUCUCUGAGUUUGGCGAUUGAGCUGCAAACAUUUCCGGGGGAUGGGGACAUCUUCAGUGCUCAUCUGUCAGAGCGCUGGCCUUUAAAUACCUUUUUGUGUGGUGUAAAUUGGUGUGGGUGCUAUUUGUCCGGAUUGUUCUGAGUCAUGGUCUGGUUUCGGGCUGUUUGAUUGGCUGGUUGUUGUUGCUGGGCCACAGUCCUUGGUGUGUAAGUAUCGUCUGUGUGAUGCAAUGGUCUUAGCUUGUUUGGUUGCCUCUGGGUCCCGGUCUGGUUUUGGAUUGUUUGAUUGGCUGGCUGUCGUUGAGACGUGAUCCGGUUUCUAGUAAGGGGUUGUGAUUUUUGUUGCUGUGUGGUGGGUGGGAUGCCUGUUUGUUCAUUUUAACAGCCCAAAACCAAAUCAUGACUCAGAAACAUUUGUUUAAUCUUUCUUUGCAUUUGUCAUUACACAAAAGAAAAAAAAUAAUCCAAUUUAUCAAAAGCUGCAUUGUAAAAGAUUAGGAAUACAAGUCAAAAUAGGCAAGAAACUGGU